CUGAGGGACUCUGAAGCUGGAUGGCACAACAGCAGCAACCUGGCAGUGGUGGGGCUCGAACCAGUAACCUUUUGAUUACUAAGUCAACACCUUAGUCUCUAGAUUUUCAGAGCAGCGCUGUCGAGGGGGCGGAGGGAUACAUGAUAGUGAGGAGGACGGUGAACGGCUGGUGGUUAAUUGAGAUUUUCAGAGCAGCUUUAAGCAUAGGUGAAUAUUAACCAGGGUUGUGUUGUUUAAACAAUAUGACUGGACGUGCAAGAGCCAGGGCUAGGGCCAGAGGACGUGGCCAAGAGGCUGGAGCUCCAGGCGCGCAGCCACCUCGGCCUCAGGAGACACCCCAGCCUGUGCGGCCUCCCGCUGCUGAAGGAGAGCUAGUGGGAAGAGGAAGACAGAAAACGGCUCCUGGGGCAGUGUCGGCUGAAGCCGUGCUCCAGAUUUCUGCAGGUUUCCAGCAGGUGAAGCUUGGAGAGAGAGGCGGGCGCAGACGGGACUUUCACGAUGCUGGCGUCAACACUCGUCAACUCAUGGAGCAUGUCAAGGAGUCCAAGACGGGGCUGUCGGGGUCCCCCAUCGAGCUUCGGGCGAACUUCAUGCGCCUUCUGUCUCGGCCGCAGUGGGCCUUGUAUCAGUACCACGUUGACUAUAAUCCUCCCAUGGAGUCUCGGCGACUGCGCUCCGCCCUGCUCUUCCAGCAUGAGGAGACGCUGGGCAAAACCCGCACCUUUGAUGGAGCCAUCCUCUUCCUCCCUCACAGACUCCAUAACACUGAGACCGUGCUGUGCAGCGAGACCAGACAUGGCGAGAGAGUCCAGAUCACGGUCACGCUGACCAAUGAGCUGCCUCCUUCCUCUCCUGUGUGCCUGCAGUUCUACAACAUCAUAUUCAGGAGGAUUCUGAGGAUGCUGAACAUGCAGCAGAUCGGCCGCCAUUAUUACAACCCUGACGAUCCACUCAACAUUCCUCAGCACAGACUGACCAUCUGGCCUGGCUUCGUGACCAACAUCCUGCAGUACGAGUGCAGCAUCAUGCUGUGUAUUGAUGUGAGUCACAAGGUUCUGCGCAGUGAGACUGUUCUCAGCUUCAUGUCCAGUCUGAGGCAGCAGUGUGGAGACCAGCGGUUUGUUGAUAUCUGUACCAAAGAGCUGGUGGGCCUGAUCGUCCUCACCAAGUACAACAACAAAACGUACAGGAUCGAUGAUAUUGCCUGGGACCACACCCCCAACAACACCUUCAAGAGAGGAGAUUCUGAGAUCUCUUUUAUGGACUACUACAAGACGCAAUAUGGUCUGGAGAUCACUGAUGGCAACCAGGUUCUGCUCGUCAGUCAGGUCAGGAGACUGGGUCCUUCAGGGGCUCCACCACCAGGCCCUGCUUUACUGGUCCCAGAGCUCUGCUACCUCACAGGUCUGACUGACAAGAUGCGCAGUGACUUUAACAUCAUGAAGGAUCUGUCUUCUCACACCAGACUGACCCCAGAACAGAGAGAGGGCCGCCUCAACAGAUUCAUCACCAACAUCAGCAAGAAUUCUGAGGCUCAGAGCGAGCUGAGCACAUGGGGUCUGAGCUUUGAGAACAAGCUGCUGAACCUUAGUGGACGAGUUCUUCCUGCUGAGAGGAUCCUACAGGGAGCCAGGGCGUUUGCGUACAACCCGUGGGCUGCAGAUUGGUCUAAAGAGAUGCGCGGUAUUCCUCUGAUUAGCUCCAUGCCUCUGGAGAGCUGGCUGCUGUUCUAUACGAGGCGUAACGCUGAUGUUGCUCACUCUCUGCUGCAGACCCUCCACAAGGUGGCAGGACCCAUGGGUAUUCGCAUGCAGAAACCAGCCAUGAUCGAGUAUGACGAUCGACAGGAGGCUCUGUUGAGAGCGCUUCAGCAGAAUGUAGGACCAGAGAUUCAGAUAGUGGUUGUGAUUCUACCCACCAACCGCAAGGACAAGUACGAUUGCGUGAAGAAGUACCUGUGUGUGGACUGUCCGACUCCCAGCCAGUGUGUGCUUUCUCGCACCCUCAGCAGACCUCAGGCUCUCAUGACCGUAGCCACCAAGAUCGCCUUGCAGAUGAACUGUAAGAUGGGAGGAGAGCUGUGGAGCAUCGAGAUCCCGUUGAAACAGCUAAUGAUUGUGGGUAUCGACUGCUACCAUGACACGGCAUCAGGAAAGAGGUCAAUCUGUGCACUAGUGGCCAGCCUAAACCAAAGCAUGUCUAGGUGGUUUUCGAAGUGUGUAUUGCAGAACCGUGGUCAGGAGAUUAUAGAUGGUGUCAAGGUUGCUUUGCAGGGUGCGCUGAAGGCUUACCUAAAAUACAACAAAUGUCUGCCGUCUCGCAUCAUUGUCUAUCGAGAUGGCGUGGGGGACGGCAUGCUCCAUAGCGUGGUCAACUAUGAGGUGCCUCAGAUCAUGCAGUCCAUCAAAGCCAUGGGUGCCGAUUACAUGCCAAAGUUGACUGUGGUGGUGGUGAAGAAGCGCAUUAGCUCCAGGUUCUUUGCUCUCCUCGAAAGCAAACUGACUAACCCUCCACCUGGAACGGUCAUCGACACAGAGGUCACACGACCCGAGUGGUACGAUUUCUUCAUUGUGAGCCAGGCCGUGCGCAUGGGCAGCGUCUCCCCCACUCACUACAACGUCGUGUUCGACAGCAGCGGCCUCAAGCCGGAUCACAUGCAGAGACUCACCUACAAACUCUGCCACAUGUACUACAACUGGCAGGGAAUUGUGAGAGUUCCUGCACCUUGCCAAUAUGCCCACAAACUGGCGUUCCUGGUGGGUCAGAGCAUCCACAGAGAGCCCAACAUCAACCUGGAUGAUUUCCUCUACUACCUGUAAUGGAGCAGCUCGGAUCCUUUUGUUUCACAGUACACCAGACAUUUCCAUUUCAGAGCAUGACUGUUUUUAGUUGAGAGAAGUAAAAAAAAGUAAAAAAUGGGUGUUUUUGUCACCCAUAAAAAGUGUAAUUUAAUACGUCAUGCCUUUUGUUUUGACUUUUUGGGUUUUGCUGACUUGUUCGGGGCAGUUGUAGCCUAGUGGUUAAGGUACUGGACUUGUAAUCAAGAGGUUGCUGGUUCAAGCCCCACCACUGCCAGCUUUCCACUGUUGGGCCCUUAAGCAAGGCCCUUAACCCUCAAUUGCUUAGACAAUAUAUUGUCAAAGUUGCUUUGGAUAAAAGUGUCUACUUAAUGCUGUAAAUGAAAAUGUUUAGCUUUUCUAUAUUAGUUCUGUAGUGAUGUUUGAGGGUCUGUUUACAUUUUUUACAAGCUUGAAUCACUAUUUUGAAGAGUUUUGGUCUGCUGUAUAAUUUAAACAAUGAUUCAGUUGUGUAGCCAAACGAUAAGGCAUCAUUAUGUUGGCAGGAGUUUAUUAGAAACGAUGCCACUCUUUUCUGUUUCUAUUCCGACUACAGAUUCUGCUCAAAUUUGAUAAAAUGCAAGAAAUGUUUCACUUCAUUUUAAGUGCUUUUUUCUUGUGUGUGUUUUGAAUAUCAGAAUAAAAUUAGCUUGUUCAUC